GUCAGGCGGUUAAAGAACACACAGCACUGCUUCCCGCGUUCCUUUUUGCAGCAGGAGCGGCUCGGCGGGGUUGACCUGGUGUCAUAGCUGAGGGGAGGCUGUCAGGGUUGACCUGGUGUGCGGGCCGAGGGGAGGCUGUCAGGGUUGACCUGGUGUGCGGGCCGAGGGGAGGCUGCCAGGGUUGACCUGGUGUGCGGGCUGAGGGGUGGCUGCCAGGGUUGACCUGGUGUGCGGGCUGAGGGGAGGCUGCCAGGGUUGACUUGGCGUCCGGCCUGAGGGGAGGCUGGUGGGAUUUACCUGGUCUCUGGGCUGAGGAGAGGCUGGUGGGGCUGAAUUGGUUUCUGGGCUGAGGAAGCUGGUGGAAGCAUGGCAGAACAAAGCCACUGCAGCAGCCCUGGCUGUAGCAUAGCUCUGGAGGCCAAAGAUGGAACUGAAGAGGAGAGCAAGGCCGACGGAGGCUCAGGUGGCCCUGUCGAGAGCCCAGCAGCCCACCCUGAUGUGUACGGAUAUAUUAAGGGAGACUUGUUUACCUCUGAAAUCUAUAAAGUAGAAAUACAAAACCUUCCCAAAUACAUUGGUUUUAAUGAUGUGAAAAAGUUCCUUGCCAAAUACGGACUGAGUCCUCAUAAGAUAAAGCUUUUUGGGAAGCAGACAUUUGCCUUUGUGACAUUUAAGUGCGAGGAGGAUAGGGACAAGGCCAUGAAAGUCCUCCAUGGGGUGUUGUGGAAGAGCCGGCACCUGAGCGUUAGGCUGGCCAAGCCAAAGGCUGACCCGAUCGCGAAGAAGCGGAAGAGAGAAGAAGAGAACGAGCAGGGAGAGGUGAAGCGGCUGGCUCCCUUGGAAGGCACUGAAGAGGAGCCUCUGAGCAAGCAAAUUGCCGAUGUUGUCACCCCACUGUGGAGGGUGCCUUACGGAGAGCAGCUGGCUGCAAAGAAGCAGGACUGCGAACAAGUGCUGCAGAAGCUGACAAAGGAAAUAGGAAAUAACAACAGAGCUUUAUUACCGUGGUUGUUCGUGCAGAAACAGAAAUAUAACAAAUUGUGUUGCCCAGUAGAGGGAGUGAAAGCAUCACCGUUACAGACUGAAUAUCGCAACAAAUGUGAGUUCUUGAUUGGGAUUGGCGUAAAUCAAGAAGACAAAACUGUGGGCUGUCGUCUUGGCAAAUACAAGGGUGGUACCUGUGCUGUGGUGGAGCCGUUUGAUACUAUUCACAUUCCUACUAUUGCCAAAAAAGUUGUAAAAGCUUUCCAAGACUAUAUAAGGUCAACUCCUUACUCGGUUUACAGCCCAGAAACGUAUGAAGGUCACUGGAAGCAGCUCACAGUCCGUACCAGCAGGAAUGGCCACAUUAUGGCAAUUGUUUAUUUUAAUCCGCAGAAAUUAAGUAAAGAAGAGCUGGCUGAUCUGAAAAUCUCUCUGGCAAAAUAUUUCACGGAAGGGAUGGGCGAGGAGACUGGCGUCACUUCUCUGUACUUUGUGGAAGAAGGACAAAGGAAAUCGCCCAGUCUAGAAGACUUGCCUUUGGAGCACGUGGCUGGUGACAAGUACAUUUAUGAAGAACUUCUUGGCCUAAAAUUUAGAAUUUCUCCUCAUGCAUUUUUUCAAGUAAACACACAAGCUGCCGAAGUUCUGUACGUGGCCAUUAGGGAGUGGGCGCAGCUGAGCCAGGAGAGUACAGUACUGGAUGUUUGCUGUGGUACAGGAACUAUUGGGAUUUCUUUGGCAAAGAAAGUGAAGAAGGUGAUUGGAAUUGAACUCUGCCAAGAAGCUGUGGAGGAUGCCAAAGUGAAUGCCCAGAUUAAUGACCUGAAUAAUAUUGAAUUCCACUGUGGGAAGGCAGAAGAUAUUGUUCCUUCCCUAAUUAACGUAUUAGCUCCUCAGAACCUGAUUACCAUUGUAGAUCCACCACGAGCAGGGCUGCAUUCCAAGGUAAUUCUCGCCAUCAGAAGAGCUGAACAUCUGAAGAAGCUGAUCUAUGUGUCCUGCAAUCCCAGAGCAGCCAUGAACAACUUUGUAGAUCUCUGCCGGGCUCCUUCCAACAGAGUCAAAGGAGCCUCUUUCCGUCCCAUUAAAGCCAUGGCUGUGGAUCUCUUCCCUCAGACCCGACACUGUGAGUUACUGAUAUUCUUCGAAAGGGUGGAAUAUGCCAACGGGAGCUCUGUUGCAGCAACACCUGACGCUGCUCAAGGCAGCACAAUAGGAUGCGAGUCAGAGUGCCUGGAUGGCACCAACCCCUCCAGCAACGAAGCAAACCCCACCCCUGCUGCGCACGUAGGGUCUGCUUUGGGAGAGAGGCCAUCGACUUAACUGCCCAGAGACACCUUCCAGAAAAUGCUUUUACUUGUUAAUUGCUUCCAUAACAUCAUUUCUGUAACAUCCAGAUAAUAAAUCUCUGUACAAUAAAGUAGUCACAAGGCUUCCAGCUAAUUUCAUCCUUCUUGUUUUGAGUUAAAUUUUGUUAUGUAUGACUAGGCCAAAUCCUGCUUUUCUCCUCCUGUCCUUGGAGCUUUAGGUGAGUGCAGUUAAGUGUUUGGUGGUCCUACUCUUAAACAGUUGAAAAGUAGCUUUAAACAGUGUUCCACAAGAAUAUUCUGACACAGCUGUGAAACUUGGGCUGAUUUUUAAUGCAACACCAUUCCUUGCAGUGCGAGUACAAUGCACCAAAGGGGAAGCAGCGGUGAAGUGCUGCUGUUUAUCAGCAAGGCCGGGCAGCCUGACUGAGCCCAGUAUCCAAUUCCCAAAGCAGGUAAUUGUGUUACAGGGACUUGCAACUAUCAGUGCUAACGUUUUUCAGCUCUGCUGGUCUGUCACCAGUCCUGUAGCAGCUUGUUCAAACACAGCGAUAAAAAUCUAGCAAUCUUAAAUCUUUGGUAAAUCAGUUGCUUGCUAACUCCUCACUAGAAAGUAGCAAGCUCAUCUUCUAAUAAAAAUGCUACCAUUUCCACAGUCGAGAUCUGUUUUAUUCUGUAGUGUCAGAGACCCUACAAUAAAGGCUUUCUUGGAUCAUUUCCUACCACGUACACGUGAAGCUGACAUGGCUUCAAUCUAGGCACACCUAGAGUGCCACAUAAAAAAGCGCAGCCAGAAAUGAGGUGUAUGGACACCAGUUUAGGGCCAUCCCUGUUGGCAGGAAGAGGUAAGAAAUGUUUCAUUUCUGAUAGAGGCUCAUUUCCCCUCGGAGCAUUGGCAAAGCUGCUCAGUCAGGCAGCGCCCAGGUGACAGUGAGUGCCAGGAAGCUCUGUAACCCCACUGAGACUCUGAUCCCAUAGCAGCUUUACAAAGGCUGAACUCAGCCUCAGGGAGAAUAAAUGUAUGGAAAAAAAGUGAUGUGUAACUCAGUGAUUACUGAAGAAUUGAGAAAGCAAUAGGGGUAUUUUACCUCAGCUUAUUCAGUGUUUGAGAUAGGUGACGCAUGCUUUUGGAUACAGCAUUCCUACCGAGCCUCUGCCCCAGCCUUGAAAGGAUCCCGUUGCGAGCCUCUUCCCAACUGUUUUACUCAGAGCCCUGGGCAGUAAGAGAAAAAAGCAGCCGUAUUUCAUGUAAAACCUUAACACGGUAAGCAGGAACUGAGCCCCACGGGUCACGACCGAACAUGGCAAGGGCAGCACCCAGAGCUGCGCUUCCAGGGGACAUUACUGGGUGGGAAGACAAACCUGGAUGAGGCACUGACCCUUCCCCAAGCUACUCUCCAGUCAGGAUUCAUGCUUCUGGAUGGAGCAUUCGUUUAACAGACUGAUCAACACAGACAAUGGUACUGACUGUUAAGAGUAACCCUUUUAAAUCUCAAUCUCUCAAACACUUUCUAAUGUAAAUUUAGUGCAGACUUGAACAAAAAAUCUCCUGUUCUAGCACCCAGACUUGUAAGAGACCAUCCUUUCCCAUAGGCAUGGGUGGGACAACAGGUGCCAAACCUGGCAGCUUUGGGUUGUGUCAUUUCCAACCGUGACAUAGUUUAAGUAAAAUUACUAAUUCCAGCUCAAGAAAAAAUUUAGUUUCUUUCCAACUAACGUCUAACCAUGCAAACAUUUUAUUCUGUACCAAAAUAGUGAUUCCGUAAGUACUACCAUAACAAAUGAACGUGCACAGAUUUAAUUUCUAUUUAAAAAUACCUAUGGAAAUCAAGGAAUAAAAAGUUCCUUUUUCUAAACAUACUUAAGCUAUCAUAAUACUGAUCACACUGGAGCAUUUUAUAAUAUCAAACUUUAUUGCUCAAAACUAAUUGUCUGAAAAAUACACAUGUAGUACUCAAAGACCAAACACACAGCAUUAUAUGAUUGUGCAGAAAAAAAGCAAGCAGAGGCUCAGUGAAAGUGAGGCUUUAUAGUUGUACCAAUUCAGCACUGGCAUCAAGCAGCUGCACCCGAUACAAUCCAUACAGCAAUUGUUACCUGCCUGGGCAACGAGAAGGAAUUUAGUUUUGUUUUCCACUUCCCUUUCUCAGAUACACAUCAGAAUACUGACCACUGUAUUUGGUUAACAACAGCAUGGCUUCUUGCACUUCACCUAUCUUCCUGUGGACAGUUAGGAGGCUGUCACUUCCCAACUUUUACUCCAGAACCAAAGUACAGUCUAGAGCAUUAGUCAGAGAAUCACGACGCUUUUAAAUACUUAGAUGUUACAAAUAUAUUUGUAUAAAUCCUAACAGCAUCACAGGAAAGUGGAAGUUUACAUACAAUGGUUAAGUUUAUGCAUAAUAGUCUUUCCAAACUUCUGAGUACCCGAACACUUCAUCAGGUUAGUUUAAUAAAUACGUAAGAAAAAGCUGGGGUGACUGGUGUUUAAAUAGGUAGCAUCUGACUAUUCACUGGAAGUCACAGUAAGUUUUCCAUCAGUACCAUAAAGACUUGAAUGCACACUAAUUUAAUCCUUAAAGUCAACAUACCACACUUUUGUCGAGAAGCACAUAAUAUGCAAAGCAAAAACUCUAAUUCCCAAAGGAUGGAACAGUUCUUAAAAAUACACUCCAUCCCUAUAAAAAUACCCAUCCUCCUCCGGAUACAGAAGGGAUAAAGAACAAAUACCAGUGACAAAAGCAGCAGUUGUUUUAUGCAUUCAUACAAUCAAGAUCUAAACCUUUACAGCCGAUUACCUAGAAAACACACAAGUUACACAAAAAGUUUAGGAUACAUCUUGAAUCACAGCGUAAGUGCUCAUGCAGAAGCCGAAGUUAAUGCAAUGAUCUAUCCUCUAUCACAGCAGCUCGUGCUUAUGUGCAAAUGCAAGACUGUUACAAUAGUAAACAUUAAAACACAAGAAUACUUCACAAUGACAUAAACAGCAGUUACGUUGUUUGUUCCAGCAGUUAUUGCGCUAUUUUCUGGACAGCUCUCCAGUUAAAGGCUGCAGCAAGGCCUAAUACCAUCUUUUUUUUUUUGUUUUUGUUUAGAAUGCAUAAUAUACGUUUCUAGGCUUUGGUUCACAAUUAAAUCUGUGUGUUUUAAUUAAGAGCAAUGGUCACCUUGUGAUUCUGAUAGUGGCAGACUGAGGUAAUACAGUAAUCCUCUUAAAAAUAAUGAAAACUAAUUUGUAAGUGAGGCAUCUAUGGAUAUUGUGCAGGUGACCUGCAAAUGCAUUAACAUUCUCAUCUCAGAAAAAGAAGAAGCUCUACAAGGGUGAUUUGUCUUUUACAGUGCCAUCCAAGUACAGAUUUUUCUGCAGAAAACACAUAAGCUUGAGUAAAACCUACCUAAGAGGACUACAUGUCGGUAUAGGAGAGAGAAGCCCUGUCUUUAUGAAAGCAAAACAAAAAAAAACAACUAAGAGACAAACAACAAUCACUGCCCAUCACUAACGCACCAAUAUUUUAUACCCUUCAAAAGAUGGAGACUUAUUAAAGCUAUAAAAAAAAAAAAA